UAAGGGGAGACGCGGGUCGAAAAGUCGGGGUUUUCCGGAAAAUUUUCGCUUUUUUUUUUUCCAGCUGUAUUGGCAUUCUUGGACUAUAAUCUAUUACUUCUGUAAAUAUCAAGCUGAAAUUCGCACGAGAAAUUAUCAAAAAAUGCUUCCAAGUGGGCAGCGGUGACGCGAGAAAUGCGCGAAAAUCGCGAAAAACGGCGAAGUUCGCGUCGUCCUGUCGCGAAAACGACGCGUUGGCCGCCAUUUGCAAUCGUGCACGCAUGCUGCGAAGGCCGUAUCCUUCACAAUCCACUAGUAGCCAGUCUCGUGCCUUCACGCAGAAUAAACAAAAAACGAGAAAAACAACGCGUACGUCACGCGUUUUGAAUAUCGCGGCACGCAGCGCGAGGCCGCCAUUGGACGGCGGUGCGCUCCACGCUCCUCCCCCCUUCUAUCUCUCCGGCAAAAGUGCGAAGCCUCGGACGUCGCGAUCGAGUUGUUCUGCGUUUCUCUGCAUUUUUGCGUCAUGGCAAGCCCGAAGAAGUGCAGUUCAGAUAAUCGAAAGUUCAGAACUCGCCACAAGUAUCGAGGGAAACGGCGUCGGACGCUUCGCAAAGCGACAGCGAACGACGAUGUCGCCCCCGACCAACGCCCCGACGCUCCGACUUCGGAUAGGCCUAACACCGUCACCGAACCCCGCGACAGUGGUUGUGAAAUAGCCGCUGCCGUGGAAUUCGUGAGUGCAUCCCAAAGGAAGAUUCUUCGAGAGUGAACGUAGACCGGUAGAUGCUGCUACUGCGAACACGCUGCUUUGUGAAAUCGAUGCGCUGACGGCACUUGUGGCGGGUGCGCAAUGCCCAACCUGCCGCGAACGGAAGCUCGGCGUGCGAGAGGCAGCUGGAAAGCGCAAAGGACUUUCGGCAUUCCUUGAACUGUGCUGUCAAAAUUCUGAUUGCCCUGAAUCUGCACUUUCGUUCACGCACACGUCGAGACGUACUGCUUCGGCCGGGGACCAAGGGACGAGCGCUCGUUUUGACAGCGGCAGCUCGCGUGACAGCUUUGCUGUAAACGUGAAGGCAGUUCUGGCAGCACGCGCUAUAGGCGCAGGCCACGACCAACUUUCACGAUUUUGUGCGAUUCUCGGUCUGCCGAGCCCGAUGCAUCACAAGACAUUCACCGGCAUUUCCAAGAAGCUCCAUGGUGCGGCGAUGACGGCAGUGAGCAAAAACUUGCACCAGGCACGAAACAUCACGAAGGACGCAGUCGGCGGCAGCGAUGUGCCAGUCAUGUUUGAUGGCACCUGGCAGAAAAGAGGUCAUAAAAGUCACAAUGGAGUGGGCACAGUCGUGUCCCUGGACACGGGGCUCUGCCUCGAUUUUGAAGUUCUUUCGAACUACUGCCAUGCUUGCAGUAUACACAGGGACCUUGGGGAGGAUGAAGAGAUAUGGCGAGCUUUUCAUCUUCCAGUUUGCCAAAAAAACACUGACUGCUCAUCCCACGCAAUGGAACCUGCGGCAGCUGUCAAUAUAUGGCAGAGGACCUUGUCUUAUGAAACUCCACUGCGAUUCACCAGCUUCCUAAGUGAUGGUGACAGCAAGGCCUUCACUGCAGUCUGCGAGGCAAACGUAUACUGUGACACCCCCAUUGACAAAGAAGAGUGCACGAACCACGUUGCAAAGCGCUUGGGAACUGCCCUACGAAAAUUGGCAACGCCACUGCCACGAGGAGAAAAACUGAAAGAUACGACAAUAAUAAAGCUACAAACAUGUUACAAGAUCGCCAUCACGAGCAACAAGGACAGUGUCCGAAAUAUGUACACUGCCAUAUGGGCAUCGUACUUUCAUUGCUGUUCUAGUGAUGGUGCCAGUAGCCACAACUUUUGCCCCGCAGGACCAAAUUCGUGGUGCAAGCACAAGCGUGCAGAAGCACUGGGGGAGCCUGCACCACGCCACACCCCACUGUUGACGAAGGCUCAAGGAUUGGCAAUUAUGCCUAUCUACAUGCGUCUUACAGAGAAGAAACUCCUUAUUCGGUGCCUUCAUGGCAAGACACAGAAUGCAGCCGAAUCGCUGAACAGCAAGAUUUGGCUGCUAUGUCCAAAAACAAAGUUUGCCUCCAGAACAACUGUGGAGACAGCCACCGCUCUCGCUGUACUCUGGUACAACGAAGGCCACAGGGGCUUUGAAAAAGUGCUCGAAGGCAUUGGAAUUCUCCCCUCACAAGAUCUGGCUACACAUGGUGACCACUGUGACGUCAUGCGCAUCAGGAAGAUGAACCUGAAGCAUACUGCAGGAGCGAGGGCACACCGUCGCAACACAGCGAAGAGAGCUCGUGUUGAGGACACUGACCGCAAGAGCCGUGAAGGACCAAGCUAUGGUGCAGGGGACUUCUAGACACUUGCAGUGCAUUCAGUGCAAGGUACUUUUCAUUGUGCCCCAAUUUGAUGCAAAAAGAAUGAUUUCCUAAUAAAUGCCAACUUUGCGAACUUUCGAA